CGAAUACUCAACACAACCCAAAUUUAUCUUUGUGAGGGGUAAGUAAGUUUCCAUCAUGGAUUUCAGCACGACAGAGAUCACUCUGCCUCUCCUCAUCCCGUCCAGCCCCACAGUCCCAGGAAGAGAUCGCAUCAAUGCCAGCAGCUGCCCUUCAUCUGCAGCCUGGGAGUGGCUCUACACCAUGCAGCCUGUGUACAUGAUAACCAUUUGUGUGCUGGGCAUCGCUGGGAAUGUCUUUGUUCUGGCAGUGUUCAGUCUGCACAGAAAGGCGUGCACGGUGGCUGAGUUUUACCUGGGAAAUCUCGCUGCAGCUGACUUGGUUCUGCUUUCCUGCCUUCCCUUCUGGGCUGUUAAUGUGGCCAAUGGCUUUAACUGGCAGUUUGGUACAAUCAUGUGCCGUCUUGUAAACAUGGGAGUUAUUAUUAACAUGUACUGCAGCAUCUACUUUUUGGUGCUCGUAAGUACUGACCGCUAUGUUGCACUGGUCCAUGCUAUGUCACUAGGGAGGAUGAGACGAAUUCUGUAUGCCCGCCUCAGCUCCCUGGCCGUCUGGGCCUUAGGCAUCAUCAUGAGCAUCCCAGUGCUGAAAUUCAGGACUGUGGAGUACUAUCCAGAAUAUAAUGUGAAUGCAUGCUAUUUAAAAUACCCAAGCUUGGAUGUGGAACUGAUCUGUGACAUAUUGCUCAUUAUAAUCGGAUUCCUUAUACCAUUUUCAGUCAUAUCCUAUUGUACCUGCAAAAUUAUCCAGACCUUGAAGAACCAAAAAAUAAGGAAGCUGAGUGCAGUGAACAGGGAGAAGAAGGCCACUAUACUGGUCCUGUGUGUGCUGUUUGCAUUUGUGCUAUGCUGGAUACCUUUUCACUCUGUGACUUUCCUUCAUGUCCUUCUACGGUUCAAUAUUUUGGUAGGAUGCGAAAUAGAAAAUAUUUUGGAAAUAAGCAAUCAGGUGUUCACAUAUCUGGCUUUCAGCAAUAGUGUUUUAAAUCCUGUUCUGUAUGUAAUUGUUGGGAAGAAUUUUAGGAGGAAAGUCAAGAAACUGUCUGAGCAAAUGUCUCUGGGGAGAAAGACCACAGAAUCUAUUUUGUGUCAUUUCUCCUCGACACUGAAUACCCUAGGUUAA